ACCUUUUGUCUGACCUGCACCGGACUCUCAACACAGUCAAGUGACCCAAGACGUGACCAAUCACACCAAGACUCAGACAGCAUAUGCAGCCCGACCCGCCACAGCCUCUCAGACGGGUCAGAGGACCAGCUGGACCGCCUCCAGCAGGUGGAGCUGGCCAGGCAUACUCCUAUGUCUCAGUGGAGGGCGGGCACUGUUCAGGCUUGGCUUGAGGUUGUCAUGGCGAUGCCCAUGUACAUCCGCACCUGCUCAGAAAACGUCAAAAGUGGCAAGGUCUUACUAGGACUAACGGAUGAAGACCUGGAGCUGGGUUUGGGUGUCAGCAGCUUAAUGCAUCGCCGGAAACUUCGCCUGGCCAUCGAGGAUUACAGAAAUGCUGAGAAUGGUGGAGGGCUGUCCAAGGCUGCAGAUAUGGACCAUCACUGGGUGGCCAAGGCCUGGUUAAGUGACAUGGGUUUGCCUCAGUACUCGCAGGCCUUUCACACUCACUUGAUAGACGGGCGCAUGCUGAACUCCCUCACCCGCCGAGAUCUCGAACGCCACCUCAACGUCGCCAAGAAGUUCCACCAGGUCAGCCUGCUGCUGGGCAUCGAACUGCUGCACCUACUCGCUUUUGAUAAGGAGGCACUGCAGGCUCGCCGCGUUCAGUGUGAGCACCAGAACAUGGAUCCACUGGUGUGGACCUCUCAUCGGGUCAUCAAAUGGAUCAAAGAUAUUGACUUAAAGGAGUUUGCUGAAAAUCUCCCAAACAGUGGAGUCCAUGGAGCUGUGUUGGUGCUCGACCCCACGUUCAACACCGACGCCAUGGCAACGGCUUUGGGAAUUCCCAGCAACAAGCACAUGGUUCGCCGACACCUCGUCGAGGAGAUGAACAACGUGAUUAGCUCUGCAAGGGCAGAUGCUAAACAAGACUAUGAGCACUUAGGCCUGGGAACACCCCCCGUCCUGCUUCGUCAGAACUCUUUAUGCAGACAGCCCAGCUCUGCAGGCCGUCUCACUGAUGACGAAGGCUCGCUGAGACGCAGGGCCGCCAAGCCUCCAGCAGGAUUCAGCCCUAAAACCCGCAGUGGGCUGGACCUGAGUUGCCAUAGCAGCUAUGGUUCUCUGCCUCGGGAAGUCCGAGACCAGACUCCACCCAGAACCGAGGGAAGUCCGAUCCGCGGUUUCACCACCAUCGAGGUGACCAACGUGUGAGGGAGAUGGUCCCAGUGCAACACCAGACAUCAACAUCAUCCCAGCUCCAUGAUGGACAGUUGUUUCCCAUGUAUGAACUUGGGAUGGGUUUUUUUUCUUCUUCUUCUUCUACUGCACUUUUUAAAAAGUUUGUUUCAAAGUUUACUGGUUUAAGAAUCACAGUGAAUAGGUGACAUUUAGAUUCUUCCCCAAACCCAGAGAGUCAUGAGGGACUCAAACUAAAUGGUUAUUUUUUCUAUGUAGUUUGUUAUUGUUGACUGUUCCUCCUACAGUGAGGGAUUUAAGAACGUUUGUGUAUAAUACAGGGUAAUGAGAGACAAAACAAAGAAAAGCUGUUCUUGUUCAUUUCAUCCUGCUGUUUGUGAAGCCGAGUACGACGGACAGACAAAAGACUUGACCUGAAUUUUAAAUUCCUGAGUAACACUACGUUUGUAAGUCAUUUUUCAUCUUGCACAUCUACAGUCGUGUUCAAACAAAGGUAGCGCCGUCCCUCUGAUGUUUUAUACUGUGCGCUCACAUGGAAUAUUAUUCAAACUGCGUGGAAAUUACAGACGGUCUGCUGAGUUGUGUGUCCACAGAUGUGAGGAUGAAGAAUUAUGUGUCGCUGUAAAUGAAGUAAAGAUGUCAUUCUAUAAAGAACAGACCAGCUUAAACAAGAAUAACUGUUAUAUAAUGAGCUCUAAUACAGAGGGAGGUGAUGUGAUUCAUCAGAAUAUGAAUAAAUAAAUACGUAAAAUCAU